AUGUCUCAGAGCAGAGUCUUGGACCUUCAAAUCCGCCCUGGUCGCUGGUUCGACGGGGUUGACCCUCUCCCCUCGACUUCGACCAGAUACAAGAUCGUCGAAGCUUCGGUGCACAUGGGGUUGUCUAUCUUGGAAACUCCCCAGGGAAGGCAAAGUCUAGCCAGAGUUGCUACGGCCAUCAUCGAAGAGGGCCGGAGCGAACAGCCACCUCGUGCUGAUAUUUACAAGGGAUCACUAAGAGACAUGCCCGCAUGGAUAAACAGGUUUCUUACUUCCAUGCGCUUCAACUUCCCUGCAAUAUUUAUCCAUGAUGAAGUCGCCGGUGAGGCUGAAGCGCAGAGGCUUGACUGGGGCGACGACAUGCGGGACUAUGAUGCUGGUCUUGGAGGGAGGAUCUCUCUCAGCAGCGCUCUCAUCGACAAUAUGGUGUAUGCACAUCAGCAGUUGCCACAGAUGGCCGGUGACAGCUACGUCAGAUUCAAGUUUCAGAUGGGCCUCAGCAUUGCCCAUGAGAUUGUUCAUCUCCUGACCGGAUUCAUCACUGGAGAUCCUAGCCCGCUCACCCCCCCAGAGGUCAGCUUGCUCCGAUACGGUGACUCGGAAGCUGGUGAAGCGGGUCGGUACUGGGAACAUAUUCUCUUUGGCGGUGUUGUUGAGUUUUGGUCCUUUGUCGAUGACCCUAUGAAUGUUCGGCAGACGGGCACCGCCUAUUUCUUCGAGAACGGGCACCGGGAUGCCACGGGCUAUGCCGUCUCACUGGGCUAUAUGAACGAAUUCGUAAACCAGGUAUUUACGUUUCCAAUCCGUCGCUCCAGUGAGGCUGUCUUCACGACACGUGCGGCACUCACACGAGCCAACUGCGCUGAGACGACGAGCCUGCGCACGAGGAGAAGGCAGAACCGUGCUCCGCCGGCGAACUCGCCAGCCCCGGACCAUUGGAGUGCAAAUAUGCGCUAUCGAAUGCCUCCUUCCGGGUCUCAGGGCCACUCCAGAGUUCCCGGCCAGAGUACCAACUCCCAAGCAGGUGGUUCAGGUAGAGGUUAUGCUUCUCAAUCAGGAAGACCCAGCCAGGCCUAUAACCCUCCAGCAGGAGGAUCUGGUAGAGGCUACGCCUCUCAGUCGUCAAGGCCCAGUCAGGCUUAUCCUCCUCCAUCAGGAGGGUCAGGUAGAGCCUACAGCUCCCAAGCUGGACAGCCAACCAGACCCUCCAAUCCCCAGUCAUCGCGGUCGGAUCGGUCAUACCCUAACCCCUUUGCACCCCGAUCAUCAGCACCAAGCCAACCUUCAUAUACUCAGCCGACAAGCGGCAGCCGGCCCCCUGAGUACUACUACAGACGCUGA